UGGACUCUAAAUUAGCCUUUCUUUUUUCCCAUGGUGCAUCGUAACUGGUCAAGGAUAAUACAUCUGUCGGCAUUCUGUCAGCGCACACUUCUCUUCUCCGUGGAAGACUGGAGAUUGCACCUCUCUCUCUCUCUCUCUCUCUCUCUCUCUCCCUCUCUCCAGCGCUGCUAUUUUAUCAUUCAGUCCACCAGAGGGUAUGAUUAGCUAACGGCAUGUGAUGAGAACGACGGACUAAAUCAUUGAUUGUUUUCUCGUCUUUCAAGCGAACUGGGCUCAAUAACUCGAACACCGUAUUCCAUGCCUCUCCUCUGUCGGGGCCUCGUCAUUGAUGGGCAACCACUUGGACCGUAUCACCCAUCUCAGCUACAGCGAGCUGCCAACCGGCGAUCCGUCCGGACUGGAGAAAGAGGAGCUAAGGGUCGGGGUAGCUUACUUCUUCUCGGACGAAGAGGAAGAGGUGGACGACGGAGGAGGAGGAGGAGGAGGCGGUUACGCCAGCCAGGAGAGCCCCGGGGCGGUCAGCGAGCUGGAGUACUCCGCCUUCUGCUCCCAGGAAUGCAUCUUCUCCAAGCUCCGCGAAAACCAGGACUUGAACGUUUACUCUGCCAAAACGUUGCUGUCCAUGUGCAAGCCAGGGGACCUUGUGGAGCUAGUAUCCACGUCACAGGCACCUCACUGGGCCGUGUACGAGCUCAACGACCAGGUGAUACACCUGCAUAAGGGGGAGAUACGGAAGGACAGCCUGACUGAGAUAGGACAGGGCCGGCAUGGACGGAUAGUGAACAGCCGUUACCGGUUCCGGCCGCUGCCCGCCAACCUGGUUGUGCAGAACGCCACCGGCCACCUGGGCCUGAACAGCGGGGAGAUCUGUUGGACCAACUCAGAGAGCUUCGCCGCUUGGUGCCGCUUCGGGAAACGGGAGUUUAAGAAGGGAGGCGAGGCGCACUCUGCGGACCAGCGGUACUUUCUCAAAGUGCACUUUGGCGCCGGGACUCGGAGUGGACACGCACACACGCUGGUGUUCCGGAGCCUCGAAGACAUGAUCUGGGAGCGUAGGCGUGUGGACGCCAGCGGAAUCCUGAAGGAAUUGUCUUUAGGGGUCAACGGGCGAAUGCUGCUGCUGCGGCAGACUACGGCAAGAGAGAAAGAGAGAAAGAAAGCGGGACUGAGAAGGAGAUAUGUUUUUUGGAUUACUCCGGGGAGUCUGGGUUUUAUUUUUUUACGCUUUAACAUUACCUAAGAAAACCUGGGACUGAAUGAACACACAGAUACAUCCAUUCAUGUUGUAGCAGACAGACAGCCAGCCAGAUAGACGGACGGAGAGAAGGACAGACAGACAACCAGACGGAUAGACAGCCAGACAGACAGCCAGAUAGACGGACGGAGAGAAACCCGGACAGCCAGAUAGACGGACGGAGAGAAGGACAGACAGACAGAUAGACGGAUGGAGAGAAGGACAGACAGACAGAUAGAAGGACAGACAGACAGAUAGACGGACGGAGAGAAGGACAGACAGACAACCAGAUGUAUAGACAGCCAGACGGACAGACAGACAGACAGACGGAGAGAAGGACAGACGGAGAGAAGGACAGACAGACAGACGGAGAGAAGGACAGACAGACAGACGGAGAGAAGGACAGACAGACAGACGGAGAGAAGGACAGACAGACAACCAGAUGAUAGACAGCCAGACGGACGGACAGCCAGCCAGACGGCCAGCCAGACGGACGACAGCCAGACGGACAGCCAGCCAGACAGACGGACGGACAGCCAGACGGACGGACAGAUGGACACCCGUUGGAAUCUGGCGGUCUGGUUGAAGCCACCUCCCAUCUCAUGGUGUUUGGUUGGAAAGCUAUAUUCCUACAUUGAUUGGUUUGGAUUUGAGCCCCAUAAUAUUUUUGUAUUUGAGUUUGUGAUUAGUUCCCUGGUUGAGUUUCUGUUCUAAUAAACAGGAGUCUGCAAUAUGACAAA